UAAAUGUGUAUGGCAAUUAAACGGUUGUAUACUACAGACAUUACAAAAAAUCUCUCUGCUGUAUGUUUUAUUUAUCGAUGCACAUUUCGCAUAUACGUUGUGUUAAAAUAUAUACAAAGAAUGUUGUCCUUGGAAAAAAGUGUAAUCCAAAUAGCCUAUGAAAUCUGCAUUGCAGUGAUACAGUAAGUCGUGAUUACGUGCGUUUUUCAUUUUGGGAGUUGCUCAUGCGAAACAUUUAUUUGCAGUCUUUGAGAAAGCGUUUGACACCUUAAAUAAUUGCUUAGCAAAUGGCAAGUCACAACUCACAGUAAGUCCCAUGCUAGAAUAACACUCACAACAUGUUUUUCCAUGUAAAUAAACAUCCAAACAAUAACAUCAACAGCAGUUCAUUAAUUGUUUUGCCAAAAGGCUACUAGAGCACUUUGCUGUAUUGUUGCAUGCCAUAUUAAUCUAAAAAAUAUUUCUUAAUGUCAUUAUUUUUUAACAACAUUAGUGCCUUAUAUCAAUGUGACACGGUAUUCGUCUUUAAAUUGCUUCCACAAUAGUGAUUGAAAGUGACUUAUUGCAAAGAUUUGCAUGCUUUUUUUAUUUUUCGAAAUGUAUCAAUUUGCAAAAUGUUUUCAAACUGUUAAAAAAUACACACGGCAUUGACACUGAAGAAGUGGAGCACAAACUAAAAUAUUUCAUAAUGCUGCGUAAAUAGUUGGUGUACAAUUUAAUACUUCUUUAAUAUCCUUUUUAACAUCUAUACAAAAUAUUUAAAAUCCUUAUAAUCAAAUUCAUUAUAAUAAAAUUCAAAACGAAUAUCCAGUGUUCCACUUGAGGUCGGAUAGUGUCCGGAAGUGUCGUUUCUUCUGGUUUUUAGUGAUGUACAUCCAUGAAAAUAAUGCUCUGAGAUUGCUGUUGUCUUUUUUUUUUUUUUUUUUUUGUAUUCCAGUCGAAAAGAAAGCGAAAUGUAACAUCCAUUUUCGUGCAGCUUAAUAUGCUGUCCUUUUUUAAUGAAAAUUAACAAUAUUACUCCCAGUCCAUGAAAUCAUGUCAUAAUCCAAGCUGUAAAAUUCGUUCCACUGUCUGAACAAUAACAGUUUGUUAAUGUUUAUAUCACAGCUGAAAGAUGGCAAAAUGAAAGAGUAGAAAUUGUGUUUUCUGCAUUUCGUUGCCUCAGCCCACGUGUUAGUUAAUUAGUGCCCUUUUAAGUGGCUCCCCAUUGGAUCCUUUUAGCAAAGGUUGCAAAAUAAGGAACAAUGCCGUUUAGUAAAAAGUUGCAGACACCUACAUUUUUGCCUUGUGCCUUCCUCCCACACCGUUGGUGAUGCUCUCUAUUCAAGCACCUAGAAGAAAUGCAUCUUUUUAAAGUUGCCUGUUUACAGCUGCCUGUGUAUGGUGGAAGUCAUAAAUCUUACGUAGCCAUAAACGACGGGGGUAGUGUCCUGAAUAAUAAAAACAGUGAGAGAGUAAGAGAGAGAGGGAGACGUGGUGUUUGGCUUAAGGAGAGAGAAGUAGCAAUAUCGCUUGAACAUUUUCGAGCUGUUUUUUUUGUCUUAUUUCCUCCAUUUUGGUUUUUAGUCGGCUUUCUCGUUUCCUUUUUGCGUUUUUUCCUUCUCGUAUUUUUUCCCAUUCUGGCCUCCAUCUUUAAAGGACAUGUUGAUUUUUUUGUCUAUAUGCAUCCUUCAGCAAUUCAUAACAAACUCUACUAUUUUAAGAUGAUUGCGCUAUCCAUGAAACUCGCAAGACUUCUGUGACCAGGACUCACUGGAGCUUCUUAAUAUAUAAAAAUAUCUUUCUUCUUCUUCGGUUUUUUUUUUCACACCCCUCCCUCAGAUUUCAAGUCCGCCUGUUGUCUGUUCUCUUGAUCUUGCACCCCCACCUCAUUGGUUUUUAUAUUUUGCGCAUAAGUUAUUAUAAUAGUUGGGUGUGUUGGCAGGGAUGUGAUGAAAUAUUAACAAUACAGAUAGAAUGUUGUUUCUGCCUCAAGCUAGAGGCAAGCCGGCGCUGAGAACGUACUUCCUGGUAAUUUAAUAUAUACCGGUAGAGUAAGAGAGGGAGAGAGAAAUGGGUCCCCUCAGUUGUAGUUGCUUACUAAAUAAUGUUACUACAGCGUAAUAGUUAAACCACAGUGAAAAAGACCCGGGGAAAAAACUCUUCAGCUUCCGUCAUAGACCUUUAUCUUGUCCCGAAUGACUGCAAUUAGCAUAAGUUUUCACUGGUGACGCUGUUUGAUGGGGAUUAACGCUUGCGCCUCUCACAUCCAGCCUGCUCCGUUAUUUCCAAUAGCUGGAAAGGCCUGGUGUUGACUACAAACAAUAACCUAGCAAAGGCGAGCUAAUAAUACCAGCAGACCCAGGCCCCGACAUGAGACGAGGACACGUUACGGCGAAUCGGGAGCCCACCUCGGAUUAUGAUGUUCAAUUUUGCGCCUUGAGGAAAAGGCGAGGGGAGAUUGAAGGCGAAAUCUGAGGCCAUUGUUAUCUGCGAGCAGGGCGUACCAGUCGACAGGGCGGCCAGGAGCAGUGCUGCCUGUCCAUUUGCAGCCCCCCUCGCAUACCUCAGAUCUUUCAUGCUAGACCGUCUCCCCCUUUCGCGAGCCGAGGGGAAUCGUCCAGCAGCGCCCGCACUCUGGCGCGGGGCAGCCGUGCUCGAGAUACCCGGUGUUUGACGCGUACUGUCUGGCUGGAAUAUCGAAACUGGUAUGAGCUUUGGGCUUUCUUAUUGAUUGCAGCGUGGCCGAAUGUGGAAAAUAUGAUGCCUGCCCGCGCAUCUCUCGUCAGAGGCUAAGGUCAGCUUCCAAGAGGCCAUUGGAAAGAGACCGUCACGUGACAACUGGUGCCAAUGUUCUUCCAGAAGGUCGUCAGGACCCUGGUAGCCAGCAACUCGAUUUUUGGAAAUGCAGAAAACGACCUACUACGACAACUCGACACUUUUCGGAGGAUACUCGUAUCAGGGGGCAAACGGUUUUGGCUAUGAUGCCCCGGCACCAGCCUUCCAGAACUCAGCACAUCUUGAGGGUGACUACCAAAGGUCUGCAUGCUCCCUACAGUCGCUCGGCACCAGUGCACCCCCACAGCCUCAGCAUGCCAAGACGAAAGAGCUUAAUGGCAGCUGCAUGCGGCCCAGUCUGCCACCUGAACACCAUCCACCCCCCCAGGUUUCCCCUCCUCAGAACACUGUAAAUGUUGCUGCCACGAAUGCCACCCAGCAGCCAGGUGGCAGUGGUGGUGGUGGGGGGGCUGGCUCUGGGGGAACAUCCAAAUCAUCAUCCAAGUCAUCCUCUAUGGCCACAAACCCAACUCUCACGAAGCAAAUCUUUCCUUGGAUGAAGGAGUCACGUCAGAACACCAAGCAAAAAAACAGCUCCCCUAGUGCAAGCUCAGCUAAUGCGGAGAGCAGCGGUGGUGAGAAAAGCCCUCCGGGUUCUGCAGCUUCCAAGAGAGCACGCACCGCUUACACCAGCGCACAGCUGGUGGAGCUCGAGAAGGAGUUUCACUUCAACCGAUACCUGUGCCGGCCGAGGCGUGUGGAAAUGGCCAAUCUGCUAAACCUCAGUGAGCGGCAGAUCAAGAUUUGGUUCCAGAACAGGCGGAUGAAGUACAAGAAAGAUCAAAAGUCAAAAGGCAUUGGUUCAUCAUCAGGGGGGCCUUCUCCUACAGGAAGUCCACCUCUUCCAAUGCAGUCCUCAGCUGGUUUUAUGAACUCUAUGCACUCAAUGGGCAGUUACGAUGCUCCCUCUCCACCAUCUUUUAACAAACCCCAUCAAAAUGCAUACGCCAUGUCAACAGCCUAUCAGAACCCAAUGAAAGGUUGCCCACCCCAACAGAAGUAUGGAAACACACCACCGGAUUAUGACCCACACGGGCUACAGGGUAACAGUGGCAACUAUGGGACACCAAACAUGCAGGGUAGCCCUGUGUAUGUAGGAGGUAACUAUGUUGAUGCCAUGCCUGCCACUGGGCCUUCUAUGUAUGGCCUCAAUCACCUACCACACCACCAGUCGGCAAGCAUGGACUACAACGGUGCCACACAGAUGUCAGCGAACCAGCACCAUGGACCUUGUGACCCACAUCCGACAUACACGGAUCUGUCUGCACACCAUCCUUCUCAGGGUAGAAUCCAAGAAGCACCCAAGUUGACUCAUCUGUAGCAGGUUUGGACAAAAAAAAAAAAUUAAAAAGAAGAAAAAAAAUGAAAGGAAGACAAAACAGACUAACCCAUGGGGCGAUGCAAUGGGGUUGAAAAAGAUGAUCCAGUGGUUUCUUGCCAUGACUAGGACACCGGUUUGUGUCAAUGUUGUCCUUCCAUUCAUAUGUGAACAUCUCUGAAUUUAGUAUCCAUAGGUCUAAAAACCCCUUUAAAACAAUACAUGUCAUGAAAAGUGGCUUGUUUAUGCCAAGGAAUAGACUGUCUAGCUGUAUGACCUCAUUACAUCAUCCUAAAUGUUUGUGUUUCUCACUCUUUGGAGGGAAGUACGAUAUAGUAAAUAUAUAAACUUACUGGUGCAAGAAAACCACUGGAUUGUUUUCGUCCACUACCCUUAUUUCACAUACCUCUUUUUUUAAAUGUAUCAAAAACUUCAAUUUUUUAAAUAACUUGAUCCCAAAACUGCAGCAGAUUUGCACCAUGUCUUUAGCAAGACAAGGUGAUCAAGAUAUUCAUCUGUUUAAAUUGCGUUUUACACUAUGCUACCUAUCACUAUUAAUGAGAAGAAAAUUGAUUUUUGAUAUGGCUUUGACAGGGUAAAAAGAAGAGUUGAGAAAACUAGUAAAGUAAAGCUCAUUUCCUCAUUCUCAACUCACUUCCCCCUCCCUUCCCCUUAUACUCCUUUCCCAGUUCUUGGGUUUGCCUACAUUAGUCCAAACUAAUAUGAAAAGCCCACAUUUUCUCAUAUCUUCAUUUAACGUGGAUACAGGGUAUAUUUGAACAAAAUGCAUGUCCGGGAAACCAAGCUAUGGCGCAGACUUCUCUGUUUACGCCUACUGCGCUCUCGUCUGGGCAUCAUUGUUGCACUUAGAGUUUACAUUAAAUGGGUGAGGAAGAAAAGUAAAUCUUAUUUUGAAUCGGAAGACCUUCAAUCAGCGUCUUUCGCUAAGUGUGUUCAAGUGAACAUUCAUAAAUAUAUAUUUAUUUGUUAUAGCCAGUUUAAAUACUUUCUUUUUUGUAUUAUUUAUCCCCAUGUAUUUAUAUCGAUAAAAAUGUACUUUUUUAGUAUCUACCUGUUAUAAAAAAGACGCUGUGUUCUUGUCAUUGUAACAAAUUAAUUUUUAGUUCUUGUAUUUUAGAAAUAUGUAGGUUUAUGUUACCCUUGUAUAAAAAAUGUCUUGACUUGUACAGGGGGCACAAGAACGGAAUCAAACCGUUCCCGCAUAGUCGAGAAUUAGACGGAAUAUAGCGAAACAUUUUGAGAACUUCAUUUGUCCUUUGUAACUACUUUUAUUUCCUUGUUAAGAGUUGGUUGUUGAACAAUUCUUUAAUAAAAUGUUAUGUUAUUCAUUU